CCUUACGUUACGGUAUCGGCACCGCGGAUCAAACCUUCUAUUUCCGAACAAGGCAGGACUCGGCACGGGAAAGCUCAGAAGGAUUCGCAGCACUCCACCGAACGAUAGGAGAAAGAGCUGUUUCUGCUAGUCGAGCCCGGGAUAUCUCAGGGCAUAACUUCUCAUGUUGCUGCAACGUCGACUGCUGCUAUCGACGUUCUCGGUUUGCUGUUUUUGUUAUGGAUCGACAGCUCUAUUGUUGUCUACGGCAAGAGGGAGCACAAUCAACAUUAAGUACAAAUGUGGCGAUGGUAGCCUAGACGACUUCUAUGGCUACCGAGGUCGUGAUGGUUUCGAGGUCCAGGCGAUGAAAAGGAAAACCAUACCGCACCCYUAUGCAUCUUUGCGGUGCGUGGCGUUGUCGAUGAAACGGCAAACCCGGGACGAUUACGAGGGCGAAACCAAAACACUCGCGACAGCUACAACGACGCGACAACAUUUCUUGUCCACGGUUUGUUCCCGGGUUGCGACGACCAGUGCUGUAAUMGCGGGCGUCCACAGUGGCAAUCCCACCGUGGCAACCGCCAUGGAGCCACGAACGAUUAGCAAUGCUGAGGAUGCUUCUGGCAUCGUUGGCAAUGCGCCCCGUGCCCGYGUCUUGUCGCUGGCGCUGCGGUCACUUCCCGUGAGCGGGUGCUGGGCCGUACCCGUUACCCUGAGCUCCGACGACGACGAGUUUUUCGACUACCUMGCCGUUGUGGACACGGGAUCGCCGUUUCUGACGGCACCGCCGGGCGCCGCGGGCGCCCUCCGGCAGACGAAACAAAGGUCCGYGACAUCCAAACGGGGGGGAAAUCUAGGGCCGAAGAAGACCACGAUGCUUUUCCGUUCGAAGGAAAGCUUCCGGCUCGGCGAUAGCCACCACGACGACGACACGAGCUAUGAACAAUACGGCAAUACAGUAGGCGGGGUCCAGUGGAGAAUUGCGCCGCACUUGACGCUGGUGGGGAAUGGCAAGGUCGMCGAUAUCGUCGCUCGGGGCAUCAAAGAUUAUGCAUGCGACGAAAAUGGAAAGAUUUGUUGUUCUCGCAGUGAUUCCGGUGUUGACACUCCGAAAGGGGUCCGACUGUUAGGAGAAUCCGAGAUCGAACCAAUUGUCAUUCAAGACGAAAGCGUUUUUACUGUCGGAGUUCCCUCGGAAGACGUGAUAACAGAGACCGGUGGGAUUUUCUUCGGUCUUAUGACGGUCGAUGGCGCUCGUCCGACCACCCUGCAACAACUCGGGUACGAUGCGUUUGUGAUGCGAUUCGGGGAGAACGAGGCAAGUCUUUCGUCGGGAAGCAGGAAAAAAGACAAARGCAACACGGAUCCGGCUACGCUYGUCUURUGGAACGGAAAACAAAACGACAGCGGGAAGACCAAUCCCGCUACACCCCUCGUAGACCCAUUUGAUCCKUGCUCGAUGAAGCUUUUCGAUCUGACCCCAUUCGGCCCRAAUUUGCACCACUAUGCCGUGCUUUGUGAYCGAUUCGAAUGCYGGUGGGYCGGGAACGAUUCGAUCUCGUUCGAUUGCGUUCAAGAGAAUGGAUCUAACAUUUGUACGYCUCCGCUCAAAGGUGAAAACGGUGUGUCGCUGUCUCGCCCGCUCAUWGCAGUCUUCGAUACGGGGCUAUCGGGUUGCAUUUUCUCCGAUACRCUUUGGGAGGAAGUACAGCGAGAACGGCGACGGAAGCAUAAAAACGARSCGGGGGGCCAACGACGAGGUCGCGGUAYYCCYGAGAACCCAGAAGAGUCGUAUCCCGUGGGUUGCACUGUUCGGUUACCUACCAUUAGCAACGCUGCCGAAAAAUCUGGUAGUACUCCUACAGUCCUUCCGCCGAAGAGUUCCUCYUCACAUUCUACUAGUAUCGUUGAAUUGUCCAGCAUUUCGGAGCAUUGGCGGUUCCAGUCCUUUAGAUUACCGUGGUGGUAUGCCGAUAGCGUCGAAGAAAAGAAUGGGAAUGCMAGCCAAGCCCAAGAAAGGGACAAUAAUUUCCCGCAUGUGAUUGUUCUGGGAUCAACCUUCUGGAGGAAUCCAAAUAUUCAGGAGUUGGCAGUUGAUACAAUAAGUCAACGGGCAAAAAUUGAAACUACUUAGUUCGGAGCUCACACAGGGUAGACCGCAUCUUUGUAUGUAUCCUGAUUACUCUUGCUGCUACGAGUACAACACCUGUUGUAGCUUUAGGUCAUUGCACCGUCAUGACAGAGAAACCGUAUUUCUAUUUGGUUAUGUCAAUCUAUAUUCCAGAUUGUAACUAGUAUUGCUAGAACGAAAUCUGCAGCAGCAGUAAAGCAUCGUACGAUAGGAUAGGAAUUUGGUAGAAGUAAACAAUAAUACGGCUAGGUGAGGUUCGUAUGAAUACAUCUUUAGCAAGUACAGUGUCCUACAGUAAAUGUACGGGUAAUACGUACGUACGUACUUACGUACGUACUGUUGGAGUUCAGAUUUUUUUGCACCCUCAAUUCGUUUUGGAUUUUAGUCGAGCUAGUCAUUCGUCGRGGAAACUACGUCGCCACGCGGAAGAGCACGCCGAGUAAGCUUUGAUGAAACCCCAUCGAUCGUAAUCGGCCAUCGAUCUUGAUUGCGACAUGGAGCUACGGUAAUCUACGUURAUUACUAGURCUCGUACUACGUCUUCUGAUGCACUGCGAUAGCAUCCAAAAGCRAAAGAGAAAGCAAUCUGGAGCAACUCCUGAAGGAGAGCCCGUAUUCAGACAUCCCCAGACUAAAUCACAGCAAUAUCAACUGCAAAUUUAUGACAACAAUGGCGCGUGUAACGAUUUCGUGUUCUYUUCUACUUCUGGCUUGCCUGUUCAUGCAGGUUGAGAGCCGAAAGAAUUGGUUCAGCAACGUUCCACUCUUGUCGAAAUUCAACAAAAAUGAGUACACGCCACUGGUUUUCUUUACAUAUCCGAAGGGAAAUGUUGCGGAAUGCGACGAAAUGGAGAAAGUUGUUUCGGAGGUUGAGCGAGAACUGGGAGUUCGCGUCGAGCGAUUGGAYAUCGCACGAGAUUCAGCGGCUCAAGCCACAAUGCAACUGUUGACGAUGCAGCAGGGAGCACCAUUUUUAUAUCACAGAGAAUCCCUACAGGUCGUCCACAGCUCGUUAUUCAAAGAAAACGCUUUCAAAAAGGAAACCGAYGACGACAAGKCGAAAGCCGGAGGGAUUGACAAGGCUCGUGUACGUGCAUGGGCCAAGGGACGAUACUUGCCUCCUGCUGGAGUCAAACUCGGAGCGACAUCAAACAUCAAGAGYAAUGCUCCUAUUGUUGUAUCACAGGAAGACAACUCGCUGGACCAAGCGGAGUUGAUCAAGGAGUCUUCUUUGACUCCAGAGCAACUGGAGGGUAAGAGAGCGAUGGAAGAACGAACGGAAGCAGCCAAGUAAAAGUAAUUUCUAAUGCAAAUUGGACGCGGCGACUCCAUAAAAACAAUUCUACAAUAGACUAGUCAUAGCCAG